AUGUCUGAAAAACAUUUAAAAUCCGGCGAUGCUCUACCUGAAUUUGGGGGUAAAUUGCGUCUUUUUGCCAUGAGAUUUUGUCCAUAUGCUGAAAGAACUGUCCUUGUAUUGAAUGCGAAGAAUUUGCAGUAUGAUAUAGUUUUCAUUAACUUAGAUCAGAAGCCGGAAUGGAUUUACAACUUCAGCCCCAAAGGUACUGUGCCCGCACUCGAAUACGAACAAAAUAAGGGCAUAUUUGAUAGCAACAUAAUUAAUGUGUAUUUGGAUGAAAAGUACCCUGAUGUAUCCCUGCAAGCCCAAGACCCACUACGCCGGGCUCAGGACAAAAUGAUUGUUGAAGGCUUUACUGGUGCUCAGUCUGCUUACUACACGGCUGCCUUCAACUCUUUGGCUCUAACACCAAAUAUGGUGGAGACCUACCACAAAAGUCUGGAGAUUCUGCAAAAAGAGAUCGAAAGCCGCGGCACCAAGUUCUUAAAUGGAGACAGUCCGGGACUAGUUGAUUAUACUCUAUGGCCAUUCUUAGAGCGAUUCGAAGCUCUUCCACUUAUAGGCAAAACUGAGUUCGCCAUUGACAAGAGUAAAUAUGAAGCAUUGGUUACCUACAUCUCAGCUAUGAAGAAUGCACCGGCUGUGAAGGCCUACUACUUAGCUGCAGAAACUCACGCCAAGUUUAUCGAAUCGCGUGCCAAGGGAGACCCAGAUUACAAUAUGUUGGACACUAGCGCAGUCUGCUGCAUGCGUCCUAGAAAGAAGAAGGAAUAA